AUGAGUUUUUGGCGAUACGAUGCAUAUCCAUGCGGAAGUUAUCAAAUGUUUUAUUGUUCAUUUUUCCACCCCCAGCUCGGUCUCGAGGAGGAGGACGUGUGGCGAUGCGUGCUGGCCUGGGCCAAGAACCAAGCCGGAGUGACCCAACCGACGGCCCACUGGACCGAGGAGGAGCGUCAACGGGUGUGCCAACAGCUGGCGCCGGUCAUUUCCCACGUGCGGUUGUUCCUCAUCGAUAGCCAAGUGUUCGCAGAGGAAGUCGAACCGACGGGAGCGGUUCCGAUCGAGCUGUCCCUAGAGCGGUACCGUCGGGCGGCGCUACAUUCGAACAAACUUCCGGCGUCGGCCGCACCCAUCCAGGCUGGUCCCGGACUGGCGGAGAACGAUAAGCGACUGCAGCCCCGGUUGAUGCUGAAUCUGUUUCAUGGUUCGGCGAUUCUGAAGAACGACAAGAUUCACAUGCAGGGCACGCUGAACGGGUUCUACGGGGCGCCGAAGCAGACCUGGAGAUUGAUGUACCGGGCGUCGACGAACGGGUUCUCGGCGGCGGCGUUUCAUCGGCACUGUGAUGGAGUGGCACCGUUGUUUAUUAUUGCACAGGGCUCCCAGGGCGCCAUCAGCGGCGGCUUCACGGAUGUGGCCUUCGCCAAAACCAACCGCAAGGGCGGAUACAUCCACUCGGAGAAGGCGUUUUUGUUCGCGCUGAACUACAACAACGAGCCCCCGAGCAAGUUCGAGAUCGUGAAGAAACCGUACGCGAUUUGCUAUCAUCCGGAUUGUGGACCAAUUUUCGGCGCCGGAGCAGAUUUGUUGAUUUCGAACAACUGCAACAUCAAUAUGGAAUCGUACUCGAACUUUCCACAUUCUUACGAUGGACCAAAUGCCACAUUUGGAAAUCUUUUUGGCGAUUAUAACUUUUCCAUAGCUGACUAUGAAGUGUUUACGUUGGCACCCUCGGCGGUUCCCGGUGGGAUAAAGAUGAAGCAUGACCGGUAUCCGUGAGGAGGAAAUUGGUCUUAAAU